CCGAAGUAUCCCUGUACCAAUCUGUGACGCCAACAUACUUGGAAGACUUCAUUCUAGUCGCUCGCAGAUAAGAAUCUCUCUUCGCCACCCUUGAUGAACAGGGGAGGAGGUAGAGGAGGCUAUGGUGGCUUCAUAGACGAUGAUGACGACUAUGGCGCAUCAGAUGGGCGUGCAUCUCUACCACCGCCGGUGCAGGACGAGCUAGACAGAAUCGACGCAGAGAUCACAGACGUCAAUGCCCAGAUCAAAGAGCUGCAAAAUCUCAAGCGGACACUGGAACAAGAGAGGAAGAAGGUGAUACACGAUGCCACCUCGACUAGCAACAAUGCGGCUGCAGGCUCUUCUCGACCGUCUGGAGGCACAGACUAUACUCAGAGUACCUUUCCUUGGAGUAGAGAGCUCCUGAAUAGAGCAAAGAAGACGUGGGGCAUUGCGAAUUGGAGACAUUGUCAGGAAGGCGUGGUAAAUGCCGUUCUCGAUGGCCGCGAUGUCAUUUGCAUCAUGCCGACCGGAGGUGGCAAGUCUCUCUGCUACCAGCUACCAGCCAUCAUGUCGCCUGGAGUCACUGUCGUAGUGUCGCCUCUUAUUUCUCUCUCAACUGACCAAUGCUUCCACUUGCGCGAGGCUGGCAUCCCUUGCGAGUUCAUGUCCAGCGCUCUCUCCAAAGACGAGGCAAAUGACAUUCUCAGGAGAGUCAGGAAUACUGGUCAACAGCUUCAUGGAGAUGAGGAGAUCAACAUCCUCUUUGUCACCCCGGAGAGAAUUUCAAAGUCCAAGACGCUAAUGUCUGCCCUGCAGAAGGCGUACGAGCGUGGCAGGCUCGCUCGCGUAGUCAUUGACGAGGCUCAUUGCUGCUCGAACCAAGGUCAUGACUUUAGGCCUGACUACAGAAAGCUGUCCAUCCUGCGAAAGCUCUUCCCAGAAACCAAGACGACGUGCUUGACUGCGACUUGCUCUCCCUCUGUAUUGAAGGAUGUCCUCAGCACCCUCGGCAUGCCAACUACAACAGAGCCGACCUCUGCCUGGCCGAAUCGCACCGUCUACUUUACUGCGCCACUGCAUCGACCCAACCUCAUCUACCAAGUCCUCACACGUCCUUCUGGGACUGGAGCCGUCUACCAGAGUAUCUGCGACUGGAUCCAGGAGCAUCAUCCAGGAGAGACUGGCAUCGUUUACUGCCUGAGCAAGAAAGACACAGAGACCAUGGCUGAGCAACUAACGCAGCUGAGCGAGGGCUCCAUCAAGGCUGACUGUUAUCAUGCAGACGUAGACGACACUCAGAAGCAUCGAAUACAUGUCCGGUGGAGAGAGGGCAGAAUCAGAGUUGUCUGCGCCACCAUUGCGUUUGGCAUGGGCAUCGACAAGCCGGACGUGCGCUUCGUUCUGCAUUCGGGCAUCUCCAAAAGUCUCGAAGGCUACUACCAAGAGAGCGGAAGAGCUGGUCGAGAUGGUAACAGGUCAGACUGCCUUCUUCUCUAUCGGCCACAGGAUGCCUCUCGCGUCGCAGGUCUCGUGGCCUCUGAGCCUGCGGGUCGUGAGAAGCUAGCAGCUAUGCUAGAGUACGCCCAGAGCUCGAGGUGUCGUAAGCUCAUUUUCAGAGACUACUUUGAAGAUAGUUUGCAAGGCGAUAAGCCGUGCGGGGAGUGCGAUAAUUGCACAGACCCGCCUGAGGCUCAAGACGUCAGCUUCUAUGCUUGGCAGAUUGUGAAUGCUCUGCAGGAGAUGUACGACAAUGGAGGCAGAAUCACAGUUGCAGCUCUUGCCGACCUGGUCCGCGGACUGAAAGGAGGGCAGUACAACGUGGCAGCCGGCGGUGGAGGUGGGAAGAGAAAGCGCUUCAAUGGCGGCGGCGGAGGAGGUGGGGCUGCUGUUCUCAAGAUGGAAUCUUACGGCGGAAAGAUUACAGAUCUGGCCAGCGACGACGUAGAGAGGGUGAUCAUCGCUCUCCUCAACAAGCACUACCUCGCCGAUGAUUACAAUGCUACGGCAUACAACGUCAAUGUGUACGUCUGCCCAGGUCGUCAAGCUAUCCGCUUCACGCGCCUGUCUGAGGAGGCUGCGCGGAAGAUGGGCAAGGUCAUUGAGGUCAAUGUGUCUAAGAAGAAGAAAAAGGGCGGAAAAGCCGGCGGCAAGAAGAAGGGUGGGGCUCAGAGAUCCGGUUCUCAGUCAGACGAUGGUAACGAAGAUGAUGAUGCCGAGGCUUCCAGGCGUACAUCGCCAGCGGCAAAGAAGAAGCCUCUCGUAAAGAAGGCAGCAGAGCCUCGCAAAUCCAAUGGCAGUGGCCGCAAGAAGAAGGUCAAGAAGGGUGCUGGCAGCGACGAAGAGGCCGAUGACAUCUUCAGCGACUAUGACGAUGACCUCAUCGACUCGGACGAGGAGCGCGCUGCUUUCGAGGCUGAAAUGGGCGACUUCAUCGUACCUGACGAGGAUGAGAACGGAGAUGAAGAAGAAGCAGAGGAAGAGCGCAAAGUGAGCAAACCUCGACAAUCUUCAGAUCGGACUGCCUCGGACAGCAAGUCCAGCAAGGGCUUCUUCGACCGCCGCGCGAGCGGCAAGGGUCUACAGCUGAGCAGGAGCGACGAGGACUACAGCUCUAUACCAGGUGUGGAGUUAGAUGAAGACGGGUGGGAAGUCAUGCCCUUUGGUCUCACGAAUGGACGCGCUGGCGGAAGCAAGGAGCAGCGCGGCAACGCCACCGUCGAGAGUCAAGCUCGCAAGAGUCUUGGAGCUGCUAUACAUCGCAAUAUGAGUAGCAGCGCUGGUGGAAGUGCAAGGGGCGGAGGAGGAGGAUCAGGCGGAGCUGGAUCUUCGUCUUUGGGAAGCGGGUUCAAGGAUGAACCCAUUGAGAUCGACUAGGUUCAUAUAGCAAGAGGAGGAUCGCAUACCCCGUUUCUGUACCACGCUGUGACAAACAAACAAAUAGAGAAGAUGUAC